AUGGAGCUCCAUCCACCCACUACGACAAUUGAUAUCGAAAUCUCAGCCGUUGAUAAACAAAACAUUUGCUUGCUUACCCAUCUCAUCAAACGGCUAAUAAGGUGCAUAUAUCCUUUGCAUGGAGUGUCAGCGUCGAUUACUCACCUACCUCGUGAUGAAUUGUUACUGUUACUGAUCGCCAAAAAUCAGCUGCCAAACGUAAAGAAGAAACAGCAACAAGAGGACAAGAAGGAAGUGCUUAAAAAGCCAAUCAUAAGACGUUUAAAAGCUAUGAGUUUAUAUAAUUUCUUUUGGUUUCUGAGCAAAAUCAUAGCAGCUUCUAGGAAAUUAAGAAGCGUGUGA